AUGGCUACCACUGACAACAGCUCGUCUCGGUCUCCAGCUGCGGCGCCCACCACAACAUCCCGCAACCCAUCGGAAUGGAGAACUCCCGACGACAAGCCCAUCUGCUUCCGCUGCCACCGGGUGUGCGUGGUGCUGCUUGGCCAACCAGCAGUCCUCGGUGGCCAUCCCUACGGCGUCGCAAGCCCUGGCAACAAGCGCAUGAAGGUGCACACGGAGUUCCGGCGUCCUGGCGAGUCCCUGACGGUGACGGACAUCUUCAAGGGUCACACGCUGCUGCGUGCACAUAGCAACGACAGCGAACAGUCGGCAGAAGAGGCACUCGGCGAUGCCAAAGCUGUGGCUCUGUACUUUGCGGCCUAUUGGUGUCCGCCAUGCUUUGAAUUCACAAUAGUACUGGCUCACGAGUACGACGAAAUGAAGGAGGAGUCUGCGAAACCAGUUGAGAUCGUCUUCGUCACAGCGGACCGCACCGAGGAAGACAUGCUAAGGUUUAUGGCCCAUGUUCACGGACCAUGGUACGCUGUCAAGUUCGACGACAAGGAGUUCCGGAAUGCGCUGUUCGACAAGUACCGCGUCUCCGGCCUUCCUGAUCUCGUCGUUAUCAAGAGGGACGGUACCGUGAUCACCGCCGACGGAGUUGCCGACAUCAAAUAUGACGGAUCGAAGGCCUUCGCAAAGUGGGCUGCGGCGGCAUAG